GAUGAGUAGCUCAAUAACUGUUGGUUGGCAUGAAUUUCCACCUCUAGCGUACUUAUCAGAUAAAGGUGAAAUACAAGGUUACUUCAUAGAGCUCAUAAAUGAGGUUGCUGAAAUAUGCUGGAACAACGAGAGCAUUGUCUAUACUUCUAAAUAUAUGACUGUUGAUGAUUUAGAGUUUUCAGAGCAUAAAGAAACCAUUCUUUUGCCUUAUCCGUCCAUUCCUGAUUCAGCUUUGUCUGAGGUAUACUUUCCUCCAUCUGUAGGAAGAUUUUUGCCAGUUACCGAGUCUUUUGGUUCAUUUUUGAUUUUUAAAGAAAAAUGGAGAUUUUUUAACACAAAUAUAGGUUUGGUUAUGUCUUAUUGGAAAUUUUUGAUACUUUUAAUGUCGGCAACUACAUGGGCCGGCUUGUUCAUGUGGAUUUUAGAGAGAAAAAAAAAUUCAGAAUUUUUUCCCCUUGAUACUUUCAGAGGAGUUUUUGAAGGAUUUUGGUGGGCUUUUGUAGCAAUGAGUACUGUUGGUUUUGGCGACAAGUAUCCAAAAGGCAUUGUCGUGUUCACUGCCAAUAUAACAUUAGAACUAAAUUUAGAAGGCAUUCGGUAUACUCAUGAUAUACUAUAUAAGACAGUAGCUGUUAUGACUGGGUCUUCAGACGUGGGUAUAACUUUAGCGAAAGGAGGUCGACCAAGAGAAUUUAACACUUUGAAAGAAAUUUUUGAGAGUGUUGAAAAGGAAGAAACUAAUUACGCUCUAGUCGGCCAUUAUCCAGCUGUUCACGCUCUUGAAAGAAAUCUCAAUGAAAAAAGUUCCAUUCGAAUUGUAGAGAGCUUUCCUCAUAGACAAAUAUACGGCAUUAAAGUGACGAAGAAGCUCGACAGAUGUUUCUUACGGAAUAUUGCUCGUAGAAGAAGAAAAUUCUCUUCCGCCAUUAGAAAUAUAACCGUAGCCUAUAUUGAAAGUACUCUUCUAAAUGAAGAUUUCAGUGUAAGUCAGUACGGUACGGUAUCAUGGCAAGCUCUUGUGUAUUCAACAUCUUCUUGGCUUUUGAUUGUUACUACUAUCGAGUCAGGUAAAGUACAAGGAUAUUUUGUAGAACUAAUUGACGAAAUUGCUAAAACCUGUUGGAAGAAUAAGAGUGUUAUAUAUUCUUCUAAGUAUUCAUCUAUCAAAGAUAUGAGAUUAUCCGUUGGGAGAGAUAAUAUCCUACUACCAUAUCCCUUCCUUUCCAAAUCGAGGAUACCAGUAGCAGGCUACGAUAGUUAUGAUAUAUAUAGCAUACCAGUAAUAGAAUCUAAUGGAGGGUUUUUAUUUAAGAAAGAGCAUACAAACUUUUUUAAUGAAAAUAUAAUAUUGAUAUUAUCAUAUUGGAAAUUCAUCUUACUUCUUGGAUCUGCUACAGCCUGGAUCGGACUCUUAAUGUGGUUUAUGGAAAGGAGAAUAAAUAAAGAACAAUUUCCAAAAGACGCAUUAGUUGGAAUUUUUGAAGGUAUCUGGUGGGCUUUCGUUACUAUGAGUACUGUUGGAUAUGGAGAUAGAUAUCCAAAGCGUAUUGUUAGUAAAGUUGUUACUUUAUUUUGGAUAUUAAUCAGUUUAAUAAUGAUGUCUGUGUUCACGGCAAAUAUUACUUUUGAAUUAAAUUUCGACGGGGCUCUUAACGCUCCUACACUUCUUUUUAAGAGAGUAUCAGUUGUGCAAGAUAUGGAAGAACGGAGAGUAUGCUUGUCAAAAGGUGGUGUGCCAAUUGAAUACAAUACUACGGAAGAAGUUCUUCAAAGCGUUUCUAGUGAGAAAGUAUCUUAUGGUUUAAUUGGCCAAUAUCCAGCAGUAUACAUUCUAAAUAAAGGUUUAAAAGAUAAAACAAUUGGAAUAGUAGAUAAUUAUGAGUACGAUGAAAUAUUUGGCUUAAAAGUAAUGGGAAGACCGGACAAGUGUUUACUAGAAACUAUAGCUAGUAGAAAGAAAAAAUAUUCUCUAUUUAACAACAUCAGCGAAAAAUAUUUAACAGUAAGAUAG